AAAAGCCUUGCUUUUGCUCAAGAAGAAGCGUUACCAAGAGCAACUUCUAGAUAAAACGGAAAAUCAAAUCAGCAACUUGGAGCGGAUGGUCCAGGAUAUUGAAUUCACCCAGAUUGAAAUGAAGGUCAUCGAGGGUCUGAAAAUAGGCAACGAGUGUCUGAACAAAAUGCACCAGGUUAUGUCAAUAGAAGAAGUAGAAAGAAUAAUAGGAGAAACCCAGGAUGCCGUGGAGUACCAGCGGCAAAUAGAUGAGAUACUGGCUGGCAGCCUGACGGAGGAGGAUGAAGAUGCCAUUCUAGAAGAGUUAAAUGCUAUUACUCAGGAACAGAUGGAGCUUCCAGAAGUUCCUUCAGAGCCACUCCCAGAGGAGAUCCCAGAAGCGUCACCCGUCAAGAACAGGCCAAAACCAGAACUGGUGGCAGCAUCUUAACUCCCACUUCUGGGGAUUCCCCCACGUAACUUUCACCCAGGACAGUUUGCCAUCCCAGCAUGUGCUGGGAACAGGCAAUGCCUUGGCAGCAUCCCAGCUGUGCUGGGCGGAUCGUGGAGCAGGAUUCCCUGCACAGGGUGGGGAACCUCGGCUGAUUAUUGCUCUUGUAUCAAGAUUAUUUUCUAGUGCUUUCUUUUUUUGUAACUUAUAUUCGAAACUCACUCAGCUGCGCUGUCUCGGGAUUAAACAACAACUCUAAAGCUUCCAAAGC